AUGACUGCUUCAUCCAUGGCGCACGACGUGGAGAAACAUCCCAGUGCCAAGGAGGAGAGAAAGCUGAGGAAGCCGCUCAUCGAGAGGAAGCGACGGGAGAGGAUCAACAGUUGUUUGGAUCAGCUGAAGCACACCGUGGUGGAAGCGUUCAGACUCGACCAAUCCAAACUGGAAAAAGCCGACAUCCUGGAGAUGACAGUGAAGCAUCUGCAAAACAUCCAGAGCAUUAAACUCAAAGUGUUUCCUCCCACAGACCCCUCAUUGGGCCUGGAGGCCCAGCAGAAGUACAGCACGGGGUACAUCCAGUGCAUGCACGAGGUCCACAACAUGCUCCUCGCCUGCCACUGGACGGACAAGACGCUGGGCUCCCGCCUCCUCAACCACCUGCUCAAGUCCCUGCCCAGGUCCACCGACCAUGCCGACGGCGAGCGGCGCCCCCCGCUGCAGGCCUCUCCCUGCAGGCGUGGUGCCCCUCACCCUGGCACCCCCCUGGGAUUAGAUCCCCUCAUCCGGAGAGAAGGCCCGACCCGCCACGAGCAGAGGCCGGCGCUCCGCAUCUCCCACCUGGGGACGCUGGAGAUGUGGAGGCCGUGGUGAACUCGCUUCUCCAUCUCGAUGAUAUUUUUAGGCCAUGCUCUGUUAUGUAUCUUAUAGAUAUGACGCUCAAGAAGACAAACGUGGGGCAGUUUUGCUCCAGUGGUUAUUGUAGGUGUGCUAUACCGACUCUUUACAGACCUUUUCCCAGUACUUCCCUUCAGAAGUCGACUUCUCGUAGCCUGCAUUGUAGAAGGCUCUUAUUAAUAUUUCUUGUAUUUAUUGUAUUAACUGUUUUAUUUAUUUGAUAUCGUGAGGCAUGACUUUUGCUAUAUUAGACCAUACACUUGCUUGUCAUUGCGUAGAUGUGUAUGUCUUUCUCUUUUGAUGUAUGAUUAACCCAAAUAUUAAUAAUAAUAAAACUGAUUGUUCACUGCU